AUGGGUGAUGAUAUACUGUCGUACAAUGGUGGUGUAGCUUUAGCAAUGAAGGGCAAAGAAUGCGUCGCCAUCGCAUGUGAUAAACGUUAUGGUGUACAAAAUCGAACAAUCGCCACGAAUUUUACAAAAAUAUUUCAAUAUAGUGACCAUUGUUUCGUGGCAUUUUGUGGCUUAGCUACAGAUGUCCAAACGGUAUCCGAACGUUUAAAAUUUCGUACAAAUUUAUAUGAAUUGCGCGAACAACGAAAAUUGAAGCCAGUUGUUCUCUAUAAUAUGUUGACCAAUCUCUUAUAUGAACGACGAUUUGGACCUUAUUUCGUCUUUGCGCUCGUUGUUGGCCUUGAUCCCAAAACUGGCGAAACAUACGUUUACGAUUCCGAUAACAUUGGAGCUGUCAGUGAUAACGUUAAUUUAGCUACGGUCGGAACAGCUAGUGAAUAUAUUUUUGGUCUUGGUGAACUAUUUUUUAAGCCAAACAUGAAUUCAGAUGAAUUAUUCGAAGCUACAUCACAAGCAUUGUUAAAUGGUGUUGAUCGCGAUUCGGCUAGUGGUUGGGGUGCAGUAGUUUAUGUUAUCGAAAAAGACAAGGUUACUGUGCGAGAAUUGAAAGGUCGACAAGAUUAG